UCGCACGCACAAGUAACUUAGUAGAUCUGUCGAUUCACCGAACCAUCUGUUGGUUGCUUCCAUGUUUACAUGGCACCCAUCAGUCAGAGCUGGUGAACUCACAUUCUCCCUCCAUCUCUUUCAACAACAUAACAUUCAGAAAUUUAUUAGAGAGCAUCACUCCACCAACCCCCUUAAGGGCUACAUUGUUCACAACCACAGACUCACUUCUCAUUCAUUCAUUCCUUCUUUUAGAUCACAUCCCCACUCUCUUAUAUCAUGUUAUUCCAUCCAAAUCUCUCAUCUGCCACUCCCUACACAUCCGGCCAAAAGAUGAACAAGUCCCUGAAUCCACCGCAAAUUCCAGAGGCCGACCACGAGGGCACUAAGCGCGUCCUAGUUCCUUCAAAACACAUCACUUUAGCCGCCACCUUCGAACAGAAACAACACUCCUGGUUUAUCGAUUCUCAUGUACCAACCGACCUAACCAUUCAAGUUGAAGGCGUCGCCUUUAACGUUCACAAGUAUCCCUUGCUAUCAAAAUGUGGCUACAUAGGUCGACUGGAAUUUCAUCCUUCACAUUCAAACUUCGGUUAUGAGCUCGAGCUUCAAAACUUCCCCGGUGGAUCAGAAACCUUUGAACUCAUUUUAAAAUUCUGUUACGGUCUUCCAGUGGGCUUAAACCCUAACAAUAUAGCUCCGCUAAGAUGCGCCUCGGAAUUUCUUGAAAUGACUGAAGAAAUUCAAGAUGGAAAUCUCAUUUCUAAGACUGAAUCUUUCCUCACACUUGUAGUCCUUUCUUCAUGGAAAGACACCGUUUCUGUGCUCAAAUCUUGUGAAACUCUAUCUCCAUGGGCUGAAAAUCUUCAAAUUGUCAGACGCUGCUGCGACACAAUUGCUUGGAAGGCUUCCAGAGAGAACGUAAUUGGGGAUGCAGAUGGUCAAGAAGGCUGGUGGUUUAACGAAGUGGCUACCUUUCGAAUAGAUCAUUUCAUGAGGACUAUAACAGCAAUAAAGGCAAAGAGUACCAGACCAGCGUUUGUAGGUAAAUGUAUUAUGCGCUAUGCAGAAAGAUGGUUGACAGGCAUGGAUGUGGAGUUUGAAGGACUAAGAGGAUAUGAACUUGGAAAGAAUGACCUGCGGUUCAGUAUAUUGAGUAGGAGGAAGGAAGACGGGGGUUACGAAUAUAUCAAGGAGCAAAAAGCAAUUAUUGAAAGCCUAGUAAGCAUCCUACCUCCUCAAAACGAGGCUCUUCCUUGUAAGUUCUUAUUGCAGAUGUUAAAGUUGGCCAUGCUGUACUCUGCAUCGCCAGCGUUGAUUUCAGAGCUUGAAAAAAGAGCAGGGAUGAUGUUGAAAGAUGCCAAUGUGAACGAUCUGCUGAUUCCUAGUUACUAUAAUGCAGAUCAAGGGAAACUGGCUAAUUCACCUGAAGAAUGCAUGAUGCAUGACAUUGAAGUUGUGCAACGGAUUGUGGAAUAUUUCUUGAUGCAUGAGCAGCAAGAACAGCAACAGAAGACUGGUAAAAUCGCUGUUAGUAAGCUGUUAGACAACUACCUAGCAGAGAUUGCAGGAGACCCGAACCUCUCCAUAACAAAGUUUCAUGUAUUGGCAGAAUUACUGCCAGAAAAUGCUCGAACAUGUGAUGAUGGUCUUUACAGAGCCAUUGAUACCUAUCUAAAGACUCAUCCUACGCUGCCUGAGCAUGACCGGAGAAGGCUAUGCAGAAUAAUGAACUGUGAUAAACUAUCGCUUGAUGCAUGCACGCACGUUGCACUAAAUGAUCGACUGCCUAUGAGAACCAUUGUCCAGGUGCUGUUCUCAGAGCAAGUAAAGAUGAGGACUGUGAUGCAAGAGAAGGAAUCACCAAGCGGCGAAAACUCUGAACAGCACGGGAACCACUCAUCAACAGAUGCAGAGACUAAAAAUCUUAAAGCAGAACUUGAGAAUGUAAAGAUGAAGAUGGCAGAGCUGCAGAGUGACUACUCUGAACUGCAACACAAGUAUGAAAGGAUAAUAAGCAACAAGCAAAAGAAUGUAUCGGGUUGGAGUUUGGGAUGGAGAAAAAUCAAGAACUCUUUCCAUACAAAAGUUGAGGAAAAUGAAACUGGAGACAACCAACAAAGAACCAACGCAGCUAGGCGCAGAACCACCUUCAUACGAAGGUCGUCAAUAUCCUAAAUUGCAUCAGCCCAUGAGGCAGAGACAUCCCACAAUAUAUGAGAGUUCAUCCAUAUCAACUGGUUUGUUCACAAACUCUUGGAAUAGUUGAUGGUUUGUAAUUGCACAUCUAUACGUAAUGUAUCAAUUAUACAUUAAAAGAAAUAAAGAGAAAAGUGUGUUUGAA